CUUACUAUCUUCUGCUUGCGACUCGCAAAUUCUCUGAUUCUCUCUAAUUCUCUUGCUCUCUCUCUCUCUCUCUCUCUCUCGUUAAAGUUCAUGACACUGUACACAGGAAUUCGACCAGUCAGAAUAGAGCAGAUUGAGAUUAAUGUGAUCUGAUUGGCCCGCUCUGUGCUAAAGGGAGUAGCACAACAUAGCUGCGAAGAGCAGACUGUUUUUUUGUGCGUAGCAUGCGUUUCCUAACCUAAAAAUUUACAUGCGGUUUGUAUCAUUCGCAUAUGUAUGUAUAUAUUCGUGUAUAAUAUAUUUAGGCCGUGUUAUCGUUAUAAUAUAUUGAUAAAUCAAAAUAAUGCUGAAUCUUUUUAACAGGUUAUAAAUCAUCUACAACUGAUACAAGGCAAUAAAUUAUGAAAGAGCGCACGACAAAACAAUUACAACGAUUAGAAAAGAAGAAAGCAAAGAUGGCAGCAUUUUUGGAAAUUGCAAGGCUCAAUGAUAAAGAUAAGGAGGCAAAACUGCAAACUUUGAAGCAGACAGUAGCCACCUCUGAUCAACUUAUCAAUCCGAAUGAUACUAAUAUGGCAAAAGACAAUUCUACACGUAAACGAACUUGUGAGAAAAAUUCAGAUGGUACAUGUUUAGAAGCUCGUAAGGACAAAAAUGUUUCUAAUGAUCCAGAAUUACAGGAUAAAAAUAAAAAACCCAGAUUAAACGAUGCCAACCAAUAUGCGAGCUUGAAGGAAGAGCUUAGAAAACGCAAGAAGAGGCUUCAAGCAAUUCCGAGACUCACUCUCAAAGCAGUCGGCGAGAAUGCUACUCUAGAUGUCAGAAACAUUGGAAAGAGGAUACCAUUAUUUCUUAGCGAUAUACAGCAUCUUCUGUUAUAUUCACUGCUUGGACAUCAUUCUCCUUACUUACCGGCGAGAUGGUGUCAACUUGAGAAGUAUAACAAAAUAAGCCAUACCGUAGUCAUCGUGCUUGAAGGCUUGUCUUCAUAUCAUUUCGUCGCCUACGAGAACAUGUUCCCACACAUAGUAAAUAACUUGAAACACCGUUUAGAAAUGAUAACGCCUUCUGUCUAUGGAGCAUCUAUAACGGAAGAACUCGCAGCUGUUCCUUUAACAGGAACACAAAGCGAUAAACUAAUUAAACGUAUGUUAUACAAGAGUAAAAUAUGUCUAACGUUUUCCAUUAAAAUGAGUAUUUUUAAAUCUAUUCUUUCUAUGAAAUAAAAUAUUUUAAUUAAAUAUU